AUGGCCAGUAAAGGUUUACGGAUAUUGGUGCCCGUCAAGCGGGUCAUCGACUACGCGAUCAAGCCCCGAAUCAACAAAGCCCAAACGGGGGUCGAAACCGCCGGGGUCAAGCACUCCCUGAACCCAUUCGACGAGCUCUCCAUCGAAGAAGCCGUCCGGCUGCGCGAGCGCAAGGGCCCCCUGAAAGUCGAGUCGAUCCUGGCUCUAUCAGCCGGCGGCCCCAAAUGCGCCGACACGCUGCGCACAGCGAUGGCCAUGGGCGCUGACAAGGCGUUCCACAUCGACGUCCCCGAGGGAUCGGGCGACGGCGGGCCCGAGCCGCUCACGAUCGCCAAGCUACUGCGCAGCGUCGUCGAGAAAGAGGACAUUAACAUGGUUCUGCUGGGGAAGCAGGCUAUCGAUGGCGACCAGGGUCAGACGGGCCAGAUGCUUGCCGGGCUGUUGGGCUGGCCGCAGGCUACGCAGGCGAGUAAGGUUGAGGUUAAGGAUGAGGCUGGGACGGUGGAGAUUACCCAUGAGGUUGAUGGAGGUGUUGAGACGCUGCGGACGAAGUUGCCGAUGGUUAUCACGACGGAUCUGCGUCUGAAUGAGCCACGGUAUGCUAGUCUGCCGAAUAUUAUGAAGGCGAAGAAGAAGCCGCUUGAGAAGAAGACGCUUGCCGACUUUGGGGUUGAGGAUACCCGGCGGUUGAAGACGCUGAAGGUUACCGAACCCCCACCACGCACGGGCGGCGGCAAGGUCGAGGAUGUCGAUGGUCUGGUGUCCAAGCUGAAAGAACUGGGUGCGCUGUAG